GAGCCCUGGACUUGGCUACGACGAUGCAUUCAUCCGAUCCCAGUCGCUUCCGAGCACAUGAUGAGCGACACUUCCCCAACUGAGACCGCCCAAGCAGCAGAAAAGCAGUUAGAGUUACCUGCAGAGGGUGGGACACAAGCAUGGCUUUGCGUUCUAGGCGCAUUUCUCUCCAUUUUUUGCACGUUCGGUUUCCUUAACGCCAUCGGUGUAUUUCAAGUCACCUACCAAGCCACGACGCUCCGCAAUUAUACUCCGUCCGACAUAUCCUGGAUCUUUGCUGUACAGCUCGCCUUGAUGUGGGCUCCGGGUCCCAUCUUCGGUCGACUCGUAGACACUUAUGGUCCCGCCUGCGUACUCUAUCCUUGCUCGUUGCUUUGUGUCUUCUCGCUCUGCAUGACGAGCCUGGCCGACAAAUACUACCAAAUCUUUUUGGCACAAGGAUUGGGAUUUGGCGUCGGGGCUGGAGGGGUGUUCACAACAUCGAUGGUCUGUCUUGGCCAGUGGCACGUUCGGCGACGUUCGUUGGCCACUGGCAUAGCUACCACUGGGAGUAGCCUUGGAGGAGUCAUCUUCCCCAUAUUCUUCCCUCGGGUGAUGGACCAGGUUGGCUUCUACGGAGCUAUUCGAUACACAGCACUCAUGAUCGGCGUUCUCAUGCUAGCAUCUUGCUUUCUCAUCACUUCGAGACUGCCGCGGAAGAAGUGGGACUGGGGUGUACAAUGGUUUGACUUGACGUUGUUCAAGGAAAAGCAAUUCGCGAUAUUCACGGUCGGGGCUUUUCUUGGGAUGUGGGUCGUUUUCGCUCCGCUCGAUUACCUCCCCAGCAUGGCGCAAGAACACGGUUUCUCUUCCACGCUGGCAUUGUAUCUGAUCUCCAUCGUCAAUGCAUCCUCGAUCUUCGGACGAACUAUACCUCCGUACUUUGCAGACUACAUCGGCUCCUUCAACAUCGUCACAAUGAGCGCUGGAUUAAGCGGAGUCUGCAUGCUUGCUCUCUGGCUACCGUUCAACUAUCAUUCUAACCACACAGGUACUAUUGUGUUCGCUGUGGCAUAUGGUUUCACCAGUGGCGCCUUCGUCUCCCUACUCAUGCCUUGCGUGGCGAAGUCUGGUAGUAUCGAGACGCUCGGGCGGCGCUUCGGGACGUUUCAGAUUAUCAUGUCGAUUGCCAACGUUACGGGACUACCGAUCAUGGGUGCCAUACUGGAUCGACAGCGCGGUACGAAUUAUUCGGGUUUAAUACUCUUCGGGGGAAUUGGCUCGAUUGUCGGAGCUGCAUUCCUCAUUGUCGCAACGUAUCUCCUGGGUAAGAAACUUGGUACCUGGAAAGUCUGAUCUCGCAGCCCACGGCUGGAGCACGUAUUAGCUCUUCACAACAUGCAUCGCCGAAAAUCAGUAGAUUGAUUAGCAUUGAAGACUGCAGAGGAGAUAGCAC